AGAUAUAAAAUAACGUAAAGUAUUUUUCACCCCAAAGACGCCUUGAAAUGAUUUUAAUGUAAGAUAAAGGCUUACCAAAGAGAUGCACUUACGGAAUUCAUAGCGGUGUCACGGUAUCGAUGUAGGCUUAACAAAAUUUAUGUAAGUAAAUCAACUGUUGAAUGGUCACUCGGUAUCAAAUGUGAUGUAUUACUUAACUGAACAAAAGCGUCUAAAUUCGCCAUGUUCUGGUGAUAUAAAGGAACAGCCUUGAGCUCCACAAUUUAUUAUUCGGCAGAAAGUGCUAGAGUGCGUUCAUUAAUAGCUUUUUAAUUAAGAAUGUUGGGGUUUUCGGCUAGGUUUGUUUUAUUAAUUACAUUGGUUGGAGUGUGUGCGUGUCAGGUGUUUCAGUCGGGGGAGUGUCCAAAAGCGCAGGUUCAGCAGAAUUUCGAUAUAAAAAAGUAUGUUGGAAAAUGGUAUGAACAGAGACGAUUUGCGUUUGCUUUCGAAGCGUUCCAAGAUUGUGUCACUGCCGAAUAUACGCUGAGAGAUGACGGUCUUAUCACCGUUAACAACACAGGAUAUAACACAUUGACGAGGUCAUACUCGACUAAUAUGGGCGAUGCUGCAUCGAUGGAUCCAAACAAUCCUGCUAAACUUGGUGUCAAAUUCUUUUCAGGUCAGCCACGAGGCGAUUACUGGGUUCUCUCAACGGACUACACCUCCUACACCGUAAUAUGGUCAUGUGGCACAACAUCCGUUGGACCUCUUGGCCACUUCAAUACUGAACUUAGUUGGAUAUUAACCCGUACCCCGGAAGGUAUACCGGAGUCAAAGAUGAACCAGCUUUUAGAAUUAAUGAAAGGUUAUGGAAUAAAUACAUCCAAGUUUUCCGUAACCAACCAGAGGAGUUGCCCUGGGAGAAGUUAAUAUUUCAUCCAUUGCUUUAUGUUGUGAAAAUAUCAAUAUCUUUUGUUUUUCGUAUUUUUUAUUUGUACGAGUAUAUCAUAUUUUAUACAAUAAACCUGAAG